AUGAAUAGCGAAGCUAAUGACAGUACGGAUGCAGGAGUGAGUAACGAAGACACAGACACAGUGGAAUCCAUCACAGAAACAUCGGGCGAGAGUCGGACAGAAAGAAUUCGAAGACUGAAUAGAGAAAGACAGCGACGAAGGCGCGAAAAACUAAGGAUGUCACGCCAGAGUGAAGCGCCAUCGACAACCAGUAACGACGUGGACCCAAGCCAUGAUCUUGAGGUUCUGUCUGAGGGCUGUGCGAUUGUAGAAGUAAUGCUACCUCUGAAAGUCGAGACAGAAGUACCAGAAGAAAUAGAUAAAGAAAGUUCGAAAGCUACGAGACCGAAGCGAUCUACGAGAACGAGGCAAAAAUCGCGAAAGGAAGGCGCAACUGAGCAAAUUUCAUCCGAUACCGUCUCAUCAGCAAACAACGCCAUUUCACCACCAUGUCACGACAAUAACUCAAGAUUUGAUGGCGCUUCAGACGAGAGCAGCGUUCUUGUUGUCGCCAGUGAGGUGGAAGUAAUCGAUGAAAAACCUCAAGAAAACGGAACCGAAGAAACUACGGAAAUUUCAGAAACAAAAGCAGACGGGAAGAAGCGACGAACGCGAGAACCGAGGAGACACACUGAAAAAUCACCCGAAGACGUCGCGACAAAGCGGGUAUUUAGAGAGCGUGAAAAGAAGAAAAUGCAGGGGAAUAACGAUGAGGUCACGGCAAGAAGAGAAAAACAACGCGAGUUAAAAAGGAAGCAGAAAGAAAGGAUGAGUAGCGACCAAAUUGAAGCGCUGAGGGCGAGAUAUCGGGAAUGGAGGCGAAAACGAAAGGAAACCAUGACAAGCGAGCAAUUGGAGAUAAUUCGCAAAGGAAACCGUGAACGACAGCGAAGACGGCGUGAGCGGUUAGGAAUCAGAAAGCGGUCAACAACCCCUCAGGCCAAGGGAGUCAGCGAAGCAGUCAUACAAGGCAUCAAAAACAAGCAAGCACAAGUUCUAAAACCAAUGGAAUCGAGUCUUAGUCCCGAGGCAAGUCUUGUAGCCGCGGUAAACAAGGUCGCUUCGCUGAACAGCGUCGAGGCAGCCGCAGCGACCGCCGCUCUUAUGCCAAAUCCUUCUCGCGUCGAAGGACCGGUCGCUGUCACACUAGAAGUAAAUCCAGCCGCUACUGGAAUGGCACCUAGUGUCAUUCAGAACACCCAGCCCAUUUCACAACCGCCUUCAUCAACAUCUCAGCUCGUAAGUCUUCCUGUCACAUCUACAAAUGUAACACAAGGUACUUUGCCUCCGGGAAUGCCCGUUCUUGGUCCUCAGGGAACUAUUCUUCAAGGGCUACCACCAGGAUCUGGUGCUCUUUACAGCAUGACAAUGCCAGGGAUUCAAGGAACUUUGUUACCUGGGAUUCCUGUUACUGCAGGACAACCUUUACCAGGUGUACAGGGAAGCACUGUCACUGGAAUGCCUUUCUCUGGAAUGCAAGGACUUGUGCCAGGCAUGUCUCAAAGUGCAUUUUUGUCAGCUUCACAAGGUGGAGUCCUUCCUGGGAUGCAAACAUUUAGUAGUAUGGCACCAACUAUGACCAAGGAUGGCCAAAUCUUGCACAGCAUCUCUACCCUUCUUCCUAUUGCUCCAAUGCAAGGUAUCCAAGGAACUGGUCAAGGUGUUGCAUUCCUUGCUCCUAUGCCCAUGACUGGACCUGCUGCUCAAGUUCAAGCUUUUCAAGAUAUUAGAGGUGCAGUGGCCACUCCGAUAAGAACUGCUAGUCCUGGCAUCAGCACCACAGUGGCAUCAGUUCCAAUAGCAGACAGUGUUACAGCAGAAACAGUGGCUGUUGUGCAACCAGGGGAUGGAAGUGACCCUGCUGGAACAGACCCCAAAAAUAAAAAUGCAAGCUCUCCAAAACCAAAGGGAAGAAGAGGAAGGAAAAGAACCACUUCUGCUGCAGAAAUGUUAGCAAACCUGAGCAACUUACCUCCAACUAGCACACCAAUGUCAUCCAUGCUAUCAGCAUUGGCCUCUCAGUUAAGAGGUAAUACACCCACUGGGGUAACAGACAAGGAAGGGGAGCCUCCAGCCAAGAGAGGUACUGUGGAAGCCAAUCAGAUUGCUGUCAUGCCUAGAGCACCGACUCAUCAAGACUCCAGUCCAGGGGCAGUAGCCAUUGGGAGUGAAGCUGCUGGCCAUGCGAGACCUAGUGUGGUUAACCAUCCAGAAAUGCAAGCGACAUUUCCUUCUUCAAGCACAAAUGCCAAGAUUCCCCAUAUGAGUACCUUUCUCAAUACCAUGAGUGGAAGUUCAAUUCCAAACAUGGGAGUGCCAUUUGCUACUGCCACAAACCUAGCAAGGCCUAUUAAUAGCUUCCCUCCUAACAUACAGGCAAUACCUGGUCAGUUUUUCCCAUCCAGGGUUUCUGUUGCUGUGGAGACAGAAGAAAUAAGAAAAACAACAGUUGGCACUAACACUGAAAACAGCCAACAUUUAUCAGCUGGUGGCAUCGACCAGUCUGCUGUUAUGUCAUCGGUAGGUACCAUGACUGACUCAUUGUACAAAGUGUCUGUGGGUACUGGGACUGCUGGAACAGGGCAGCCUAAUGGACAAUCAGUUGUUACUGCUAUGGGUGAAAGCCAUCCAAAUAUAGUGGAAAAGACUGCAACUGGACAAGAACUUAACCAAGAAAAACCAUGUCAAGCUGUGGUGAAUGUUACGGAAAUUAACCCAGCAGAAAUACUCCAGGAGGCGUUACAUCAAGGUCAGAUUACCCAAGAGGUCAUAAUUCAAGAAGAGGUGGUGGAGGAAGUUGUUGGAGUCUCUCCAGAAGUGGCCAAGAUUACGCCUAUAGGAGAUGGUAUUUAACAUUUACAUUGAGCUGUUAUAGCUCCACAAUAAACAGUGGUUUGUCUACACCUUAACACGGUCAAGUCUUUGCAUGUACUUUAGUUACUAACAUAAUUAUUGUAGACUGGGAUUUCGUUUUCAUCUGGGGUUAAACAUAGUGGGAAAUAGAAAAAGAGAGAGAGAGACUCAGAGUUGACCGAAAGUUCUCAAGAGCCUAGCUCUAACACUAUUUCAUGUGAAAAGAAAGAGUUGCUCACAGUAGCAUGGAUCAGAAACUUUGCAGAUUGGAAGCCCUAUUGAGCAGCUAUUCUGAGUAUCAGGCAUUCUAUGUUCUACAUGUGCAUUGACAUGCAUGAGAUCUUAUUUCAAACUUUUGGCUCAGUCAGGUAGAGUUCAAAUCUUUUUUGCAGGCGAAAGACAAAGCAUGGUGUUAUUUUGACUGUUAAGUGUGAAUUAACUUGUGGAACACACUAAGCCUGACUCAGAGAGCUAGAGCACUGGCUGUUUGGUGAUCUAGUAGUUUAAAACAUAAAUGUUUGAGAAGAUUAUAUUUCAUUUCAAACUGAUAUUGUAAUGGCAGUGAGCGAAGGCAGAAAGGCAGCUUAAAGCAGAUUCUAUAUUACUAUAUAUACUUGUUCAAGGACUCGUUAUCAUUAAAGCAAUGCCUAUUGCUUAUGUAAAAAUUAAGGCCUCAACUUAGGUGAUAACUAAGAACAACAAGGCAAUGUGAAAAUUGAUUUGAUUUGGUUUAAAAAAAGUAGAGAAUUAGAAUUCUUUAAAUCAAAAAAUAUGUUUGGGAAACAGAUUUUGCAUAGCAACAAAAUAGCGUGUCGAGUUAUGAAGUACAAUUAUCUGUGUUUGGAAGACAUCACAAUUCAAGCCUGGUUUUGUGCAGUUUGAUGACUAUUUUAUCCAAGACAGAUGGAUAUUAACCUCUGUUGCAACUGUAUCAUUUUAUUUCAUGCAAGAUAUACCCAAGUGUAUUUAGCAUGCAAAAUGCAUUCUAUUACAUUUCAUGUUAUAUAUCCAUGCAAUUUUUAAAAAGAAAUCUCAAUCCGUGAUAGUUUGGGUUGAUUGAAGUAGUUUAACGGGUCACAGCAGUCUUUUUCGUAACAAUCUAGGGCGAUAUUUGUAUAUUUUAGUCUGUGGUAAUCAUUAAUGAAUCUUUAAUAACCUUGUAGGUUUAAGUGUGUUGAUCAAACAUUGAUUGUCUUUAUUAUUUGUUACUAUUGAUUUUUCAUGACAAGGUGUUUUAACACAUUUGAAUCACAGUGAAAUCAAAGUCAAAGGGUUUAUUGUGAUACAGGCAAAGCCGCUAAAAGUCCAGAUUAUCUCUAAUUAUAUAGUAGAAUAAGUCUUGACACCAUGCAGGAUUAUGAUAUUUGCUAUAUUACGUAGUUAAAAUUGUACACUGAGGACAUCCUUAGCACUGAAUUAAUGUUGUGAUGCUACUCUGGCAAAACUAUCCAAAAAGUCAUUAGUUUUAUUCAGUGGAAUAUUUUAACCAUUUGGCUGUUUCUUAAAAGUUUUAAAGUUUCUUUGAUGAAUCAAAUGAGUGUUUUUAACCAUGGCUUUCAGUUAGAGAGAGAACACUGACAUUGCUGUAAAUUACUGGAUUAGAUAUAAUUAUAGGAGCAGUAUUAUUGUACAUUUGUAGCUUGCCUGUAUUUAUGUGGCAGUCUUUUUUACAGUGUAAGUCAUAAGAUUGCAGGAGUGUUCUGUAUCACUCUAUUUGGCAGAGUGUAGUCGGAGGCAAGGAGAAAUGGCUGUAUUUGCAUUUAACAAAUAGAUUCCAUGUUGCUGUGCAUCUGUUCAGUAAUAGAUCACAGAUGAAAUCAAAAUGUGGUAAGAACAAGAAAAUAGCACACAUAACAUAGGUGAGAAAGAUGUUGAUGUUCUUACUGCUUUAUGACAUCCUUUGUGAUCUAUUACUUUGCAGACCCUUGUUAAGAUGAGUCUAUAUGUUUUAUAUGAUAAAAAAGCAAAGUGUUGUUUAUGUUGAGGUCAUCUAUGCAUCUGUCCUCCAAUAGAUCACAAGUAAGGACCAUCAAAAUGUGUGUAGGACUUAGCCUAUAUAAACUUCACAGCGAAGAGAGAAUGUCUAUGCUUCUCUCCCAUUGCAUAUUCUACAGUGUGAUGAAGACUGGCACCAAAAUGGACAGGCUGGCAUCAGUAAGAGCUUAAGUAGUGUUCUUAUUGCCUUCUUAAUAUUGAUAAGAGAGAACUUUGAAUAAUUUUGCUUUCAAGGUUGAUGGUCACAUAAUGACUGUAUUGUUUGUAUGGUACGUAUGAUUUAUUUUAAACACAAUAAUUAUGAUUUAAGUAAACAAAUAUCAAUAGCCAUGUUGUUGUUUUCUCUGUAAUAAGAGUAUUUGUAAGUCGUGUCAUACAGAUUCAUGUUUAUCAUGGGGAAAGUGCAGCCUGCUGUGUUAUUUACAUCGAAUAUUUUGAUUUGGAAAGUAAAGGCUGAGGCUUGGUGUGUUGCACAUAAUUGCUGAUUAGUUUCAAUAAGUUAACCUGCAAUACUGCCUGUGAUACAAGCUUGUGAUUGUUUCUUUGUUUCAUUUAGAGUUAAGGUGCAUGGUAGGGGGAGGGACUGGUAAAAGAUGAUGACUUCUAUUGCCCCAGCUCUUCUCCUUUCCUUUCUUUUGACUGUUGCCUACCCCCCAGGUACAAGUGUCAUUCUUUCUCCAGCCGUUUGGUGCUUUUAAAAAUCAAUUCCUUGUCAAGAAAAUACUGAGCACUUGCACACCCAAAUUAUACCUGCUGUGCAGGCUAUUAGAAAGUUAUCUGUGUCUACAUCUGCGAGUCAAAUACACUGCUGUUAUUAGUAGCUUUCAAAGUACUGACAUAUGCUAAACCUUUUUGUUAAAUAAUAGUAUGCUGUUGAGUUUGACAACAUUCUACCAUUUGUACUACCUCUUGCCACUUCAUAGUCACAUCUUCAAUCAACUCCUCCCCUGUUCCUUGAGCAUAAACUUGUUAAAAAAACUACCCUUGCUUUCACAUUGACGACAAUUUACUAACUGGUUAGGGCUAUUGAUUGUUUCAUUUCACCAGGGCAACAAGCCCCAGUGAAAUAAAACGUGUUUUGCCUCAAGGGUUUGAAUCCAGCAGCAGUCAUGUGUUGUGACUGUCUGGGUUAGGUAUUCCUGAACAGGACUUGUUGGUAACAGGGACUGACAUGUUUACAGCCUAAGGGAAUGUUUUCUCAAGACUCUGUAGCCAGACUUUGAAUAUGACAUUUUCUUGAGGUGUCAACAUUUCAGUCUUAAUGACAGUCUCUUUUUAUUUCCUGAGGGAUGACUCUACAGCAAUUAGGUUAAUAGAAUAAGAAAGAUGACGAGUUAUAAGCUUGGUGAAGAAAUCGCUGGUAAGCAAGGCUCAUAUGAAAAUAAAGCCUAACAGGAGGGCUUAUUUUUUGCCAUCUGUUCUAGGUCACCCGUGUUGACCUGAUCUGUACCAAUUAUCACAAAAAAAGUAUGUCAAACCAGUACGUUUGAAGACAAAUGCAGGGUCUGAUCUGGGAACAUUAAAAAUUUACAGUGUGCCCCACCCUUCCCCCCACCUGCAGCAACUACCCGCUUACACCGUAAACUAUCAUAAAUCAAGUUGUCGGCAAGACUCGGAAGUGAUACUCGUUAUAAAAUAGAAAAAUGUAAUACCUGACAAGAACUGAUGCUAAUCCCCCCUCCCUCCCCCCCAACCACGAAAAAUCUGACGCGGUGACGUUCCCCCGCUAUGCGUGACAGCACCCUCGUUUCCGCUUAAGCUCCAUUCGCAUACAUUCGCAUGCGCAUUCAAGUGGGAGAAGUCUCAAAAUGGCCGGAAGUGUAUCUCUUCGAGGAGUCAUCGAGUAUUUUUAUCAAAACAGAAGCGAUUGUUGUAAAAGAGA